AUGACGUUCACGGAUCUGAGUGACACACAAGGCCUCCGAGUCUUGAUCGUCGGCGCUGGCAUCGGCGGUCUAACCGCGGCCAUUGCGCUGAGACAAGAAGGACAUCGAGUUGAAUUGUUUGAACGUUCGCGCUUUGCAAAUGAAGUGGGAGCUGCGAUUCAUCUGUCGCCUAAUGCAAAUGGUGUCUUGCGCCGGCUGGGGAUCCACGCGGAGGACUUUGGUGCUGUAGAGGCCGAACAGCUGCGAGAAUACACUCCAGCUGGAGAAGAAGUGCACAUUACAAACAUCAAGCAGCAUGCAGCAAUGUGGAGACACCGCUGGCUCCUCGUCCAUCGCGCACAUUUCCACGAGGGACUCAAGCAGUUUGCGCAAGCACCUGGAAAAGGAAAACCAGCUCUACUCCACACAGCCAGCAAGGUCGUCGAUGUCGACGCCCACGACGCAACAGUCACACUGGAAAACGGCGAUACCAUCAAAGGCGACGUUCUCAUCGGCGCUGAUGGCGUCCACUCCCUGACUCGGAGUAAGAUCUCCCAAGCCCAGCCCUUCAGUUCAGGCAAGAAUGCCUUCCGCUUCUUGAUGAGUCGACAAGAAGCGCUUGAUGACCCCGAGACGAGCAGUAUCGCGCAGGACUUUGGCGCUGUUGAUAUGUGGGACGCGGAAGAGCGACGAGUGGUGAUAUAUCCUUGUGCCAACAACGAGUUGUUGAACUUUGUCUGUAUCCAUCCCGACACCGAUACGACUAUUGAUACCACGGGGGACUCCUAUAACCAGCAUAUUGGAAAGGACGCCUUGUUGGAUGUUUAUAAGCAUUUCAACCCGCAGGUGCGUAAGCUGCUGGCGAAGGCUGAUCCGCAAACGCUGAAGUUGUGGCCUUUGCUGGAUAUGGAGACGCUUCCGACAUGGGUUGAGGGGCGUUUGGCUAUUAUUGGUGAUGCUGCUCAUCCUUUCUUGCCGUAUCGGGCGUCUGGUGGUGCUAUGGCCAUUGAAGAUGCUGUUUCUUUGGCUGUGAUGCUUCCUCGUGGCGUUGAGGAGGGCCAGGUGGCGGAGAGGUUGAAGGUCUAUGAGAAGGCGAGAUUUGAGCGUGCUACGACUAUUCAGGAGAUGACUCGUCAGUCGAGUAAGCCGAUUUCUCCGCAGACGGCUAUGGGCAUGGUGGCAUAUAUCUACGGGCACGAUGAAUUCGACCACUCUGCCCAGGUCCUUCGCAAACACCUCUGGUCUCAGAACCCACACAUGUACUGGCGUCAACCUAUCGUCUUUGGGCCAAUGCCUGGUCCCCGACAGGACUGGAUGGGCCGUGACAGGGUCCUCAAGUCAACCCAGUCAACGUUCACAACGGCCUCUAUCAAAUUCAAAACUAGCCGAACUCUUCUGCAGAACCUCUUCCCAUCUGAUCGGUAUAGCUUUAUUUCCCCCAGCACCGUGGCCAGAGCGAGUUUUUCGCAGACUACCCUUGGCGGGAUGGACUGGCUGGGUGGCGGUGGAUACCGCCAUAUCGGACUCUACAUUCACGGAGUGCAGUAUACCAAGGAAGAUGGGACAGUGCUGAAGGGGACCUAUAUGCCUAUUCUGUUUGAGAAUCUGGCUGAUCCGAUUGUUUCUGGGCGGGAAGAGUUGGGCAUGCCCAAGCUUUAUACUGCCAUUGAUGUACAUCAGCGGGACGAAUCUUACCGACUGCAGACUAGUUGGCAGGGGGCUGUGUGGGGACAUUUCGAGCUGGAAGGGUUGGAGGAUCAGGAUCCUUCUGUUGAUGCUGGGACCAUUGGGGGCGAGGCUGACGAUGGUAUCCUGGUUUAUCGGUAUAUGCCUAAGAUCGGCAAGGAAUACAAGGGUCAGGCUGAGGCCGAGUAUCCUGUGUUCGUGCCUCAUGCUGCCGAGUCCAAGGUUGUACCGUCCAAGGUGACGCGGUUGCAGCGGACUAAAAAGGCCAAGGUCGAGAUUCAAGGACUUGACUGGGAUGCUUUGCCAACACUUCACCAUGUUGUCUCGCGGCUGGGUGAGAUUCCCAUUGAUGAGAUCAUCGAUGCCAAGGUCGUAAGUGGAGUUGGGGUUCCUGAUGUAUCCUCGGCUAUGCGCAUUGAAUAG